UGUCUCUCUUUCUCUCUCUAGAAUCCAAAGCAGAAGCUGCGCACAAACAAAAAAACAACUCGUUUCCAGCUCGCGGAACAGACGGUGGCCUCGUAACGGAGUACCAGUCCUCUCGCUUUCUCUCUCCGAUUCGGCUCCAUUCGACGGGUUCAGGAGAGAGAGGUAAUUGGCCCGCGCGUCGAUCGGCUUGAGCUCUCCAUCCAUUUCCGCUCCUCCCGCCGAUUCGCCGGAUCGGGCUGGGUAGUGAUGCCGCUGGCGGAGUCGCCUCAGUGGCGCCGGAAGGCCACAGAUUUCUUCUCUACCUCCAGUUUCAAGCUGAAGCUGGCAGGGCAAUCAGCGGGGGAUAAUAUAGCUGAUGCCGCUGGGAAGGUUGGGUCGGUUGUGAAGAACCGGUGGGCCGUCUUCCAGGAGGCUAGGCAGCGGCGGCCACCGGGUGAGACAGUGCAGGAGCGUUUCGUCACCGCUGCUGCCACCACUGGGGUGCUUUUGAGGAAGGGCAUUUCAGAGACAAAGGAGAAGGUUGCAGUGGGAAAGGUCAAAGUUGAAGAGGCUGCUAAAAAAACUGCAGAUAAGAGCAAGACUAUUUUGAACAAUAUCGAACGCUGGCAGAAGGGAGUCGCGAGCACUGAUGUCUUUGGUGUUCCUAUUGAAGCCACUGUACAACGAGAGCAAUCUGGUAAAGCUGUUCCCUUGGUGCUAGUGAGGUGUGCAGACUACCUGGUUAUAUCAGGUUUGAAUAACGAGUACUUGUUCAAAUCCGAAGGUGACAGAAAAGUUCUUCAGCAAUUAGUUUCUCUUUACAAUGAAGACUCGGGCGCAUCUUUGCCUGAAGGUAUUAGUCCUAUUAAUGUAGGUGCACUUGUGAAGUGCUACCUUGCCAGCAUCCCUGAGCCACUUACUACAUUUGCACUUUAUGAUGAGCUUAGAGACGCGAGGGUUAGCAUUCGUGAUCUUAGGAACAUAUUGAAGAAGCUUCCAAAUGUGAACUACAUGACGCUAGAGUUUGUUACAGCGUUGCUACUUCGAGUAAGCCGUAAAUCAUCACUUAACAAGAUGGACUCUCGUAGCCUUGCUGUGGAAUUUGCACCUUUGAUCAUGUGGCAGCAAGGCGAUGCUGGGACAGAUUUACGCAAUCACCUCAAACUUACCCUAAAACCGCCUCCAAAAAUUGUGGAUUCAACAUCAAAUGCAGCCACAUGGGACCUGUUAGCAGACGAGGACGACGAGGACGCUUCAUCCCAAAUACCCUUGGAUGAUGCUUCGCCUCCGGACUACAGUUCCAUUGAGGUCAUCCAGUGUCUGAUUGAGCAUCACAAUGCCAUUUUCACUGAUGCAAAUGAAACCGUGUGGAGAUGAUCAGCAUAUCCUCUUUAGAUCUCUUGGUGGUGGUAGGUCGUGCUAUCUACAAGUUCCAGGUAGGAGGAUGGAUUACCGCGCAUUAUCGUUAGGGAUAAGCAUUUUGGCCGGAACAUUUUCGGUGUAGAUUUGUAUAUACGCUAGUAUUGUUUGUCAUGCCUCAUCAAUAAGAGUACUGGGAUGUAAACCAGAUGGUGGACGUGAUUGUGCUGUUCUGAUGCGUUUGCUGAAUUCAGUGGAUAGGUGUUGCAUAGCGAAUGUUUUCUUCCACGGCUAACUGAUGAACAUGGUGAUAACUUCUACAACAAAUCGAUGUAAAUAUUGCCUUACAAAAUCAGAUCUAUAGAGCAUAAUCAAAUUUA